AUGUUAAAGGAACCGGUAGACGUUGUUAAAAGACGCAAAUUGUCGUUGUCGCAGACGCACAGCAUUGCGUCGACAGCCACGACAGCGUCUAUGGACAGCACAUCGAUUGCCACCACGACGCCGCCAAAUACACCGCCUACACCACCGCUCAACAUGAUAAUGACCACAGCACGUAGUCAUCAAAAUAUAAGCAACACCGGCAGCAGCAACAACAGCAGUAGCAGUAAUAAUGUCUGCGGUACGGGCAACACAACUUGUACACUGGUGGCCGCCAGUUCAGCGCCCACGCUCGCGACCACUACAAUGGCUAGCUCACUGUUGAGCACCGGCAGCCAGCACACACCCUCAUCGAAUAGCGCUACAGCUGCCGCAGCCGUUGCUGCUGCAGUGGCUGCUGUUGCAGCCGCCAGUACCAACUCCGCAACACCCGCCAACGGCGUCACCAGUAGCGCCGUACAAGAUCACUACAGCCUGCGUUGGAAUAAUCAUCAAAAUCAUAUAUUGCGCGCUUUUGACGCACUCCUACAGACCAAAACUCUGGUAGAUGUGACGCUGGUGUGCGCCGAGACAAGCAUACACGCGCACAAAAUGGUGCUCUCAGCGUGUUCGCCCUUCUUUCAGCGCGUGUUCGCCGAGACGCCGUGCAAGCAUCCGGUUAUUGUGCUCAAGGACUUUCAGGGUUGGGUGGUGCAAGCCAUCGUAGAUUUCAUGUAUCGUGGUGAGAUCAGCGUACCGCAGGAGCGUCUUCAGACCCUCAUUCAGGCGGGUGAAUCUCUGCAGGUGCGCGGUUUGGUCGAGAGUUCAGUGCCAGAGCAUACACCGACACCAGCCGCAUCCCCGGAUGGCUUCGGUAUGAUCGAUACGUCGCUGAUGUCGCCUGAGCUUGAGCGUUGUUCAAGCUUUGAUGAUGAGUCACCAUCGAUGGUUACGGCCGGCUCUAAGGUGAUAUUGCCAUCGAGACUAUUCGGUUCAACAGCACGGCGGGAGCGCGAGCGUGAACGCAAGCGGGAACGUGCACUCGAGCGUGAGCUAGAAAGAGAAAUAGAAAGUGACCAAGACCUGCCGUUAGAUACGAGCAUCAACUCAGACAUUUGUACUUCUCCCAUGCCAAGACGUAAGCAAGCGCGUCCGCGUCGACGCUCUGGUGAUCUACCACUCGAAAUGCCAAGCAAACCAGCUACGCCUGCACCCGUGGAGGAACCACCGCAAGCUGAAUCCCUGCCCCUGUCGCUGGAUGAGCAAUUGGAGAAGGCGCAUGCGGAGCGCUUAGAAGCUUUAAAGACUGUGAUUAAAACUGAGCUGACCGAGCCAAUGGACGAAGACGAGGGUGCUCGUCGUGAUGAUAGCGGAAACGGCAAUGACAGUCACCAAGAUAACAAUGAAACCCAAGAUAAGCCCGCAAGCACGUUUCAAUCAAGUGAAGAACCCCAGCAUAAUAAUCCACGCACGGAUGUGGCACUUUCACCAGAGCCACUGAAUGCGCAUAGUUCGAUGGACAUUGAAAAUGAGGAACAGGAACAGGAAGAUGAAAAUGAUAAUGACAAUGACAAUGAUAUUGAGCAAGAAAACGAUGAUGAGCAAAUACCAGAUGCGGAAGAUAUCGAGGAACUUAUCAACGCCACCAAUGAAUUGCGUCGCAAAUCGAUGUCGAAUCUCUCGGAUGGCCCAGAGGAUCUCUGCACAACGAAGAAGGAUAAAAACGAUAUGAAUGGCAGUCACUCGGCUAAUGAAGUUGACGCGAUUCCUGCGAACAAUAACAAUAACAAUAAUAAAUUAAACAACAACAAUCGCAUUGUAUUGUCGCUAAAGGACAUACGCCAAUUAAAUAAACCAUCUUCUUCCUCCACCCCCAACUCAUCGAAUAACAUGCACCCUUUUGCGACGGCCAGCCUCCGAGAUCUGCGGCUAGAUCGCGCCGUCAGCGCAGCAGCCGAGAAUCAAUGCAAAAUGGAUGCACUAGAGGCGCAGAUGCACGCGGCUGCAGCAGCAGCAGCGGCGGCAGCAGCCAGUGGCGAGAAUCCAUUCCAACACAUGGAACAUCAGAUGGAUCUGUCUUUAGCGGCGGCCGCAGCAGCAGCCGCUGUUUCGCAUCAACAGUCACGUGAACGUGAUCAGGCAAUGCAACGUGAACAACGUGAGUUCCAAGAACACCACAACGCCUAUGCAAAUAGCAUACUGGGGCAAAUGGGUAUGCCCGGUAUGUCACCGUUCGGGCCGCCAGGUGGGCCUGUGGGACCAGCACCUCAUGAACGCCUCGAAGAGAGCAUGAAUCGAUUGAGCAAGGAAUUCGGGCCUAGCUCGCCUAUGAGCCUGCCAUCGCAUUUCAAUCCACCUGAUGGGCCACCACAUCCCCCUUCACCGCUGCAAUUUCCGGGUAUGUCAUCUGCGUUGGCGCUCACGCCACCACACAUGUUUGGCUUGGACUCGCCGCUUGGUCUCUUUCCGCCCGGGAUUGACCCGGGUAAACUCUACAAUCCGCUAAUGGAAAUGUCCGAUCCACGUGGCAUGCCCAGCGACCAUCCGCCGCCCUUUCUGAAAGGCAAAAAAAUACCACGACCUAAGGGCCAACACUCGGCGCCACGUGGCGGUCCACCACGCUCAUGGACCAACACCGAACUCACCGAAGCACUGCAGCAUGUCUGGAACAAGAAGAUGACCACCUCGCAGGCGUCACGCAUCUUUGGCAUACCCUACAAUUCAUUGCUGAUGUAUGUGCGCGGCAAGUAUGGCAAGAGCCUAAAGCUGGAGCAGUUGCGCAAGGAUUGUAUCAGCGGUCCACCACUUGAACUGCUACAGCUUGGUCUCGGUCAUGGCACAGGUGGUAGCAAAAAGAAGGAUGAAUCACGCAAAGAGAAAGCGGCUAAUAGAAAUGCAGAAAACGCGGCAAAUAAUAACGCCGAACUUGACUUGGGCAUACCGCUGCCGGGUAUGGUGCCUGGCAACGGCCCGGGCGGUCCACGUAAUGCCAACUCUGAGCCAGAUCUGCUAGGUGGUCCCAACUCGCUGUUUGGGCCAUUCCCCGGCGCUUUCUAUCCGGACUUCCCCGGUGGCUUCCCUGGUCUGCCGCUAAGCAUGCUCAACCUGCUGCCUCCGACGGAUCGUCACCAACCACAUGGCGCCGGCAUGACGGCAUUACACCAUCUCGGAAUGGACGAGGACUGCAAAUCGGAUCGCUCUAAACAAUCUUCCUCGCUGGGAGAUGAUGAUUUCGUCAGCGGCGGCAUGUUGGGCGCUGGCAUGCAACCGCUUGCGCUCAAUCGCAACGACAAUGAGCGACGCUCCGCCGGUGGUGAAAUUUUGUCGGUGCCUGGUUCGGUGGGAGCGCCGCCACCGCCACCACCCCCUAUGAGCGCUGCCGUCGGUGGCGGUGCGCAACAAAAUGGCGGUAUGCAGGAUUGAAAUUUCUGGCGGGAUUGGGCCGCCAACCCCAUGUUUUUCCCGCCAAACGACACAUAUGAUGUGGAAGAGGCUAUGAACGGCGGCAUUGGCUUAGGUGGCCAUCACCAGCACCAACAGCAACAGCAACACAACGAUGCGACAACAACUGCGGAGCGCAACGGCAACUGCAGCGCCGGCGGCAGCGUGCUAGGGAACGUCGCGCGUGCGGCACAUCAAUUUCGCGAAUUUAAUCAAAAUCUCUACAUGGCAAGACGCAAACUGAAACGGCUGCGUCAGCGGCAAUAUCGGCGCUUCGGCGAUUUGAAUAAUCGUGGUGCGGAGAGCGCCAAUAAUGCGACAAAUGGUGGCAGCGGUGGCGGCGGUGGCGCCGGCAGUGGCUUCAUGGCGCUGCAGAUGGGUCCACCACCGUCGGCGUUGACGUUGCCCAUGCCGCCGGCGGUUAUACGCACUUAGUUUAAUUUUACUGUAAUGCUGUAAACUAUAUUAUGUUCAAUUAGUGUACAUGAUAGGAGGCGAGACGUCCGAGAGAGCGGUAGGAAGCUAGAAAAUAAUAAAAUAUAUAUUAAGUAAAAUAAUUAGUGAAAAUUUGAGGGUAGAAAAGAAUUGAAGGAGGUUGAGCAGAAAAUCUUGCAUAAGUAAAUUAUUAUAACUGUGAAUCGAUGUGAAUAUGUAAUGAACAUGCAAUAUAUUGUUUUGAUUUUAUUUAAACAUAUGUAUGUAAGUAUUAUUAAAAUAAAGAAUUCUCUCAUUAGUUUAAAGUAUAGGCUUUUUUGCUUAACACGGCAACAACAAAACAACGAUAUUUUUAAUUGUGAAAUUUUGCAUACUUCCAGUUUACUUAAAAACAUAUUAAAACAAUUUAGCAUGUUGUAUUCAACCACUUCAAACUUUUUAAAAAAAUUCUUAUUACCACAGAAAUAUGAGUACACUACUCAGUCGAUGAAUUUUAGAGUGAAUUUUUUAUUCCGCAAACAAUUUUUUUUUUAUAUACAUAAUUCAGAUUUCAAAAUAA